AUGAACCUUCACAUUCAACUGAGCAGAGACAAGCCCGUCUAUAGCAACCACGACGUGGUGUCUGGUCAGUUAGUCUUGUGCAGCGCCACUCCGUUACAGAUAUCUGGCGUUGUUGUUACAUUGUCAGGCACUGCAACAACCUCGUUGAAAGACGGACGACUUAACGAGCAUCAUGAGCUUUUUCGCCGAAGCCAAAGAGUCUUUCCUCCUGCAGCAAUUGCCCAGCUUCCCGGCCAUCCCGGCUUAACGAUUGGCGCAGGCACGCAUCGAUUUCCGUUUUCAAUUCCUUUUUCCCAAGUAUCGGAAUGUUAUAAAACGGAGCGUGGCGAGACAUCCGAGGUGACCUGUGCCAGCAUGCGGCGUCCUCGAUCUCCCGCCGUGCACCUGUUGCGACGGCUUCCCCCGUCGACGGGGACUAUUGGCACAUCCGGCGAGAUUCAAUAUAGACUCGACGCGGAGAACUGUGCCAUCACCUUCCAGCCUCUGUCAGAUCCUCUUCCUCGGCAGCCACCUUCCAAACAAAUUCAAUCCGUAACGCUGGACCCCGAGGUUCUCGGGACCACUCAGCCCGUUUCGUUCCACAUCGAGACGCGAUUAUCACAUGGACCGGGCCUCCUGCGCAGACAUCCCAUCCCGCUGCAAGUCGCCCUCACCCGCAUCAGUUCCACACCGUGUUCCGUGCGACUAGACGACUUUCAAACGAUGCUCGUCGAAACCACUCAGGCCCGGGUGCAGGAGGGCGCCGAGCACUUGGCACAGGUCUGGGUGGUGCAAACCGUGGCGAACUUGGGCCGAUCGAUGGUGGUCGAGCGCGGCAACCGACCCGUGUGGGUGUCGAGCGACCUUUGGAGCUCGCAUUCUUUGCCGGACAGGGCGACGUCCAGCUUUGAGACCUGCAAUUUGCGCCGGACGCAUCGGCUGGAAGUGCGGCUCGGAUUUCGCUUUCAAACAUCGCCGACACUCCCUUCACGGCUGGUUGUCUUUGACUUCCGAUUUCCGAUCUAUCUUAUGUCUGCAUCAUCGACACAGCUGCCAGCGACCAAGGAAAAGAUGGAUUUGGCAGCCCACGAGGUCACUCUGCAAGAAGACGUUGCGAUAACCAAAGGGGCGUUUGUAGGUCGAGC